AUGGAGAUUGUAGCUGGCGAUGCCGCCAUUCUCUAUACGGGGCCGCAAAUUUUAAUACGCUGCAAGAUUCCGGAAGCCGAAGGUGAAAUCCCUGUAAAGCAACAAGCGGCUAAUGUGAAAGACAAGCGCGUUUUGCAUCGUAAGGGUGGAAUCUUUGACCUUCGCAAGGUAUUAGGGAAACAAUAUGGCCAGAAGUUUUUUUGGGAUUCUGUUGCUGAUAGGUGGUCCGUCCUUCUGCAACCCACCUGCGAGCUGAUUACUCGUACAGUAACUCACCGCACGCAAAUAUUGUACCGUGCUGACAUAUCCCUCGCUGUUAUGCUUUUAGACCUUUACCCUGGUAAACGUGUACUGGAAUGCGGCACCGGAUCUGGAUCCCUAAGUUACACUCUGGCCACUACUGUAGCACCGACUGGUCACGUCUUUACUUUCGAUUUCCACAACCAGCGCAAACAAUAUGCGGAAGAUUUCUUCGCCGAGGUCGAGCUGACGAAUUAUAUAACUGCUUAUGACCGCGACGCAUAUUCCACAGGGGCGUUUCUCGUGGAUGGCGCAGUAUGGGAAUCAUCUAUAGAUUCCGUCUUUUUCGAUCUUCCCUCACCCUGGGAUGCCUUAGACAACGCCAAGACCGUCCUGAAAAAUUUCGGGAAGCUUGUCACAUUUUCACCAACUGUGGAACAAUCCCAGAGAAUGUCGAAAGCUUUGUCUGAUUCUGGCUUCAUCGAAAUAAAGACAUUUGAGAUACUUUGCAAGCCAUGGGGUAUAGGAUUCGAUGAAACAGAUGACACACAGUUCGCGUGCUACCAGCUUUCUCAGCUAAGCCACACUGGCUACCUCACCGUGUCGACGUUGCUAAAGUGUUAG